GUCCCAAGGGAGUUCCGCUGCCCCGCGAUGGGUUAGGAACACAGCGGUGAUGCGCGCCCCCAGCGAAGGAGCGAGCCGGCGCGCGCAGGCGGGAGGUGACGUUUGAGUCUCUUGCGCGCGCGCGCGCUGUGUCGGUCGGACCGAGAUCAGGGGAGGAGGAGAAAGAGAAAGGGAAGAAGUGGGUAGGGAACAAGCGAGGAAGAGGAGGCAUACCGAGAAAGGUGGAGGGGCAAAAUUCCCAGACCUGUGAGAGGAGAAAAAAAGAAACAAAAGACGAGAAACCGGCAAGGUUAAGAAAAGCGCCAAGUGGAGAAGUAUUGUGUGCGUGUGAACGGGCGGUGGAAGAAGAUCGACUCGAUGAAAGAUGUCAGAGGAGGUCAUUCUUAUUGCCAAGUGGGAUUACAUGGCACAACAGGAUCAAGAACUUGAUAUUAAGAAAAACGAGCGCCUGUGGUUAAUUGACGACUCCAAAACAUGGUGGAGAGUAAGGAAUGGUGCCAACAAAACUGGAUAUGUGCCAUCAAACUACGUGGAACGAAAGAAUAGCUUAAAGAAGGGAUCCAUUGUUAAAAAUUUGAAGGAUACUCUGGGCCUUGGUAAGACAAAGAGGAAGACCAGUAACCGGGAUGCAUCCCCAACUCCUAGCACUGAUGCAGAGUAUCCAUCAAACGGUAGCAGCGCUGACCGCAUCUAUGAUCUUAACAUCCCAGCAUAUGUAAAAUUUGCAUAUGUGGCAGAAAGAGAGGAUGAGCUGUCUCUUGUGAAGGGAUCUCGAGUGAUUGUUAUGGAAAAGUGUAGCGAUGGUUGGUGGCGUGGUGCAUUCGGUGGACAAGUUGGAUGGUUUCCGUCAAACUACGUAGUAGAAGAAGUUGACGAAGCCACAGCAGAUUCUCCCAGUUUCCUUAGUUUGCGGAAAGGGGCUUCUAUGAACAACGGCCAAAGCACUAAAGUACUCCAUCUUGUUCAGACACUUUACCCUUUUAGUUCCGUAACUGAAGAGGAGCUGAACUUUGAGAAAGGAGAUAUAAUGGAAGUCAUUGAGAAACCGGAAAAUGACCCUGAAUGGUGGAAAUGUAAAAGCUCUAGUGGUCAAAUUGGCCUUGUUCCCAAAAACUAUGUUGUUGUUUUAAAUGAUGGGCCUUCCAUGGACAGUUCACAUGUUAAUCAUAUAAGCUACACCGGGCCUGCUUGCACAGGGCUCUUUGCUGGGAAAGGAUGGUACUAUGGGGGUAUUACCAGACAUCAAGCGGAAUGUGCUCUAAAUGAAAGAGGGGUGGAAGGAGACUUUCUUAUUAGAGACAGCGAGUCCUCCCCGAGUGACUUUUCUAUAUCUCUGAAGGCGUCAGGAAAGAACAAACACUUUAAAGUGCAGCUGGUGGACGAUGUGUAUUGCAUUGGGCAGCGUCGAUUUAAUAGCAUGGAUGAGCUGGUGGAACAUUACAAAAAGGCACCCAUCUUCACUAGUGAACAUGGGGAGAAACUAUAUCUUGUUAAAGCACUACCGUGACAUCGGACUUGGUGAUGGCCUCUCAAACUUCAAGCCUUAGUUCCGAAAAAAAAAACAUAUACUUCCAUGGAACAGAGCCAUCAUUACACACAACGCAGUCUUAAAUGUUCAUGGCUCCUCUUAUACCACAGACACUCUUUAAAUAGUACUUUUAUCUUUGUUUGUCUUGUCUUUUCUGUUGUAAGUCAUCUUGCCCUCAGGUUAAAUAAAACCUCACUCAAGUGACCAUUGUAAGCACUCACUGUCAUGCCUUGGUUUGAAGUCUCCUAUUCUGCAUAUGUUUACAGUACAUAGCUAGCGAGAGCAGUAGGAGUCAACUUGAAACAGUGUUAAUAUACUCUAAAUUUUUAUAAUGUAAGAAUUUAUUGAAAUACAUUAGGGGCACAGUUGAUAUGCACUGAAGCUGCAGCAAUUAAUAUUGUAGACAUGCUGUAUCAGUUGUGGCUGUGAAUUCUGUAGCCUUGUUGCUUACCAAGUAGUGUACACAAAAUGUCAUCCUCACUAUAGAACCACUUUUACUCUGUACUGUACUCUGCUGCCACAUUACCUCUCAAUUUCUCGGCAGAGUCUGCAAAGUAUUGUAGCAGUGCUCCAUAAACUACUUUGGUAAAAUUUGAUUGUAGUACAUAUAGUGUAUUUGGUAUGUAAUUACUACAAAAAAUAGUUCUUGAGAAAAUUAUUUGAUUCCAAGUUUUAAAUGAAAGUUAACCAAAUGUGCCAUCCACAUUUUUUCUCUUGCCCUCCUGCUUGUUAUAAUAAAAAAAGAAAAAAAAAAGAAAUAU